AUGCCCUUUCGAAAUUGGCUGAGAAAUCGGACGGACCUUGAAAUGCGAAAUUUCGGGUUCAGAAAAAAAUGUCGCAACCCGCUGGUGCACGUGGUAACUGGCGAUGCUCGUCUUUCUUCUUCUCACAACUUGAACGGAGCGUUGGGCGAUUUGGCGAUUGUUUCGAGAAUGCUUGCGACGAUCAACAGAAAACCCACCGACCCCCCUGGGUACCAGCUCCCUGGGAGCCCCGGGGAGUCUGUUUCAGUGUUUCGCCGGCCAUCCAGACCAUCGGGAUUUUGA